CGGGCGGCGAGUGCGCAGGCGCGGGGGCUCAGUCGCUGGCAGUUCUGUCGCAGCUGUGAGGCUGAGGACAGCUGGGAGGCAGCACUCUGCCUCAGCCUCUGAAUGUGGAUCAUCAAAGUCGGGGGGAAAAGAUGCCUGCAGCACGAGGGAAAUCAAAGUCCAAGGCAUCGGUGACAUUUGGGGACAUAGCCAUCUACUUCUCACGGGAGGAAUGGGAAUGGCUGAGUCCCACUCAGAAGGAUUUGUACGAAGAUGUCAUGCUGGAGAACUAUCAGAAUCUGGUCUCUCUUGGUCUUGCCUGCCGGAGGCCAAAUAUCAUCACCUUGUUGGAGAAAGGGAAAGCACCAUGGAUGGUGGAGCCAUCAAGACGGCGCCGCGGCCCUGAAUCAGCGUCUAAGUGUGAGACCAAGAAGUUACCACCAAGUCAAUGUAACAAAUCUGUGCAAAGUAUUCAUCAGAAACCAGUUUCUUCACAACAAAAGGUCACCACCGGGAGGACAAAACAAAACAAAAAUUCAUUUGUAAGAAAGCCCAAGAAAGGACAUUCAGGCAAGAAAUCUUUAAAGUGUAAUAAUUGUGGAAAAACCUUUUUUCGAAGUCUGUCUUUUAAACUUCAUCAAGCCUUUCACACUGGAGAGAGGUCUUACGGAUGCAGUAGCUGUAGACAAGUUUUCAGACAGAUCUUCUCCCUCAUUCUUCAUCAGAGAGUUCACAGUCGGGAGAAAAGCUACGAAUGUGAUAAAUGUGGGGAAAAGUUUCAUAAAAAAUUAACUCUUCUGAUACAUAGGAGGAUUCAUAAUCGAAAGGAAAAUUUUAACCAUGAGAAGGCUCCAGGUUCAUGCCCACAUCUCAGUGUACCCCAUAAUAAUCACAUGGUUGAGAGUAUUCACCAGUGCAGAAAAUGCGGGAAAGCCUUCAGCCGAAUGUCAUCCUUUAUACUUCAUAAGAAAAUUCACAGUAGAAAGAAAAUACAAAAGUGUAGUAAAUAUGGGAGAGACUUCAAAAAGAAGACAGUCCUUGUAAAUAAAAGAAUUUGUGCCGGAAAGAAAACUCAUGGAAAAGGGAAGGCCUUACACCAGAGUCCCCAGCAGAGACCUUGGCAUUUAGAGCAUCCUUUUACAUGUAGGAAAUGUGGGAAGUCCUUCAGUAGGAUCUCACCCUUAAUGCUUCACCAGAGAUUUCACACUUCAGGGAAACCCUACAAAUGUGAUAAGUGUCAGAAAGACUUCAGACGCCUUUCAACCCUUAUUCUGCACCUGAGAACUCAUAACGGGGAGAAGCGGUUUAAGUGCAAUAAAUGUGAGAAGGUCUGCCAUCGCUAUUCAUCCCUUAUUCAACACCAGAAGAUUCAUAAAAGGAAAAAGAAACUCAUCGAAUGCAAGGAAUGUGGAAAGAUGUUUUGUGGCAUUAAAAACCUUAAAGUCCAUCUGAACAUUCAUUCAGAAGAGAAGCCUUUCAAAUGCAAUAAAUGUAGCAAAGUUUUUGGCCGCCAGUCAUUUCUUACUGAACAUCAAAGAAUCCACACUGGAGAAAAGCCCUAUCAGUGUGAAGAAUGUGGGAAAGCGUUCAGCCACCGGAUAUCUCUGACCCGACAUAAGAGAAUCCACAGUGAAGACAGACCUUAUGAAUGUGACCAGUGUGGGAAAGCCUUCAGCCAGGGCGCUCAUCUUGCCCAGCAUGAGAGAAUUCACACUGGAGAGAAGCCCUACGCAUGCAAGACAUGCAAGAAGUCCUUUACUCAGCGCAUAUCCCUCAUUCUGCACGAAAGAAGUCACACUGGGGAGAAGCCCUACGAAUGUAACGAGUGUGGGAAGGCCUUCAGUAGCGGCUCGGACCUUAUACGGCAUCAGAGAAGUCAUUCUCUGGAGAAACCGUACGAAUGUAGCAAAUGUGGUAAGGCGUAUAGUCGGAGCUCAUCUCUGAUUCGACAUCAGAGCACACAUUCAGAGGAAAAGUCCUGA